CAUAGAGCCAGUUUACUCCGUAGCAUGACAAAGGCAAAGGCCGCAAAGUUUUUUAUUUUUUAUUUUAUUAUUAUUAUUAUUUUUGUUGAAAGGAGGCAAAGCUAAGUACGGAGUAGCUAACUUAAAAUAACAAAUCCUGCAUACGUUUCUUUAUUUCUUCAUACGUUUCCAAACGUAUAUGCAGCUUGCAGCAUACAGGAAAGGGGAAAAGGGGGGAAAUCGAAAAUUAUAUAGAGAAGAAGAAGAAGAAGCCUGACUUUCUUUAGCACGAAGACUCUGCAACCUUUGACACACACCUGGCCCCAAGAAGUCUGUCAGAUCUACCAACAAAUUCCUCCCCUUUUUUCUCUCUCCUACCUCCUUCUUCUUCCUCCAUUUCACAGUUUAGCUUUACCGGAAUUUGUCGAUAAUUUAUCUCGGUAGUUUUCGCUUUCUGGGACUGUAUUUAAGCAUUCUCUGGAUUGUGUCUUGCAUAGAGACAUUCUAGGGAAUGCUAAAUAAUGUGGCUGUCUGUUGGGGGGGCUUUUGUUUUAGUCUAUGAGGCUAAGGACUUGCCUAUCCUAACUUGGACUGACAAUCACCCUUGCCGCUACUCUGUGACUCUUGGUGAUAUUAAGCCUCAGGGGAUUGACUGUAAUUGGAUGCCGUCUGCAUUCACGCACAAUCUUUGUGGGGAUGGUUGAUUUUCAUUAACUAUUCUAGUUCUCCUGCUUUGUACAUAGUAUACACUCAUCCUUGGCAGGAGAUUCAUAUCUUGAUAUUGUGUCUUAGUUUUUCUUUUUUUUCCCAUUAUAUUUCAUGGAGCAUAAGUCGGGUGUACUGAUGGAAAAGUACGAAUUGGGGAGACUACUAGGUCAAGGUACCUUUGCUAAGGUCUAUUAUGGAAGAGGUAUUCAUACUGGCCAGAGUGUGGCCAUCAAAAUGAUCGACAAAGACAAGGUUUUAAGAGUAGGGCUCAUGGAUCAAAUUAAGAGAGAAAUUUCUGUCAUGGGAAUGGUUAGACACCCAAACGUUGUUCACCUGUUUGAAGUCAUGGCGACCAAGAGUAAGAUAUACUUUGUGAUGGAAUAUGCUAAAGGUGGUGAACUCUUUGACAAGCUGACCAAAGGGAGGCUAAAGGAGGACAUUGCUCAAAAGUAUUUUAGACAGUUGAUUAGUGCUGUUGACUUUUGCCAUAGCCGGGGAGUUUAUCAUCGCGAUUUGAAACCUGAAAACUUGCUGCUGGACGAAAAUGAGGAUUUGAAGGUUUCAGAUUUUGGAUUGAGUGCUCUAGCUGAAACUAAACGACAAGAUGGUUUACUCCAUACCACCUGUGGGACCCCUGCGUAUGUUGCUCCCGAAAUCAUCAGCAGGAAAGGCUAUGAUGGAGCCAAAGCUGAUAUUUGGUCUUGUGGGGUGAUUUUAUUUGUUCUCUUGGCUGGUUUUCUUCCCUUUCAUGAUUCAAAUUUGAUGGAGAUGUAUAGAAAGAUUGGUAAAGCAGAAUAUAAAUGCCCUAGUUGGUUUCCAAAGGAUGCACGCAGGCUAUUAGGAAAGAUCUUGGACCCAAACCCUGAUACUAGAGUCACAAUUGCUAAGAUAAGGGAGAGUUCUUGGUUUAAAAAGGACUUGUCUCCAAAGCCUAUCCAAUCUGAAUCAGAUAGCAGGACAGUUUCUGAUGUGCAUAGCAAUGGAGAUCCAGGUACUUCCAGAAGCCGCACUGGCAAUGAAGAAACCAGACCAGAUGGGAUCAAACCUGCUGAGUUAAAUGCAUUUGAUAUCAUAUCCCUUUCGUGUGGUUUUGAUUUAUCUGGCUUAUUCGAAGAUUGUAGUCAUAAGAAGGAAGCAAGAUUUACUUCAAGAGAAUCUGCUUCUACCAUUAUCUCGAAGCUUAUGGAAACUGCUAAAAGCUUAAAGUUAAAAGUAAGGAGGAUGGACAAAGGAUUACUGAAGUUCGAGGGUACUAGCGAAGGAAGGAAAGGUGUCUUGUCAAUCGAUGCAGAAAUAUUCGAGGUAUCCUCUACACUAUAUCUGAUAGAGAUGAGAAAAGCCAAUGGAGAUACUCUUGAGUAUCAGAAGGUGGUAAAGGAAGAUAUAAGGCCUUCCCUAAAAGAUAUUGUUUGGGCCUGGCAAGGGGAACAACACCAGCAAUUACAAAAUCAGAAGCCGCUGCAAUUGCAGCAACCAAGACAAAACCAGGAGCAGUUGUAGCAGUAGCAAUGAUGGUGAAAUUACUUUAAACUUAUUUUUAGCAGUCAUCUAGGUCUCAUUCUUUUAUCAUGUUAUGAUGAUUGGUGAGUAUGUCAACAAAAAAAAAAGAGUAAUUUUCUUUCCGUUCAAGAGCUUAUAUGAUUUCUUCCCCUUAUUACUGCUUAACUGAUUGUUCAUACUUUGGCAACAAAGGGGUCAGAACUUGUUUAUGAGGCAAGUAUUUGGAUAUAUAAUUAAGGUGUGUGUGUAAUAUGUUUGAUAUAGCUACAUUUGUAUUUACUUUUGUAUUAAGCUUUAAGCAAAAUUUUGAUGUGCUGCCAUGUUAAGAUAAUUGAAAAGCACGACAGGUGAAACUGAACACUUGAAUAAAUUGGAUACACGUAUACUCUGUACGAAGUAAUUCUUUCACAGGACAUUGACUAUACCAACUAUGGAGCAUAUGAAUAGUGCAAGUCGAAAAAUCUUUUAUUUCAAAUAAGAUUUAGCUUACAAGUUCUCAAAUGUGACAUUUUUUCUACCUUUACAAGAAGUUCCCACUAAAAUGUUAACAAAUAAUUGCACAAACACAAACUAAGGUGAUAACUAGUCUCGAUACGCUUAAUAAGCCGUUUAUACCAACUCUUUAUAAUUUUAUGUAUUAAAAUCUUUCAAUAAUAUUAAUGAUUAAAGUUGUGCAUUGAUAAACAAUAAAAUUCAUCCCACCAAAAAAGAAUCUAACACGAAAUACGUUUUAUUCAUAAUUUUUGUCAAUAAGUAUUAAACACAACAAUAAUAAAUUAGUGCGAAUAGUAAAUUUUCCUUAGUAGGAAUUAUUUUUUAUCAAAUCCAAAUUAUUAUUGUUUUGUCUAAUCCAAAUUGGACAAAGAUAAGUAAUAUUUUAUAAUACAAAGCAUACCAUCUCGUAAACGUAUUCUUAUAAGACGAACAUAACAUAACGUACUCUAAAUGGUUAUGCGGCUUACACCAUCAUUAGUUCGUUACAAUUUGUUUCCCAAAUCAUCCCCCGCAAAUCCGCAAUUGAUGCUCUUACAGUUACACCAGACAGGGUUGUUAGCACCGGAUAAUUUCCAGACCACGGUAAACUAAUUUUCUAGGGAAAGAGACAAUUUGAGAGCGAGCGUUGAACAACCACACGCCCUCUCCUCCUUCACUCCAGAAGCUUGAAUAUUACUCCUUUUUUCCCUUUUUGCUAAUUUCAAUCAAACCCUAAUCUCCCUCUCUCUCCUUAUCUGCCAUCUGGUGGUUGGUGAAUUUGUGAAAUUUGCAGAAAUCAAAUGUGUCCACUCAGAAUCAUUUUGAUUUUUCUGUCAGCUACUCUCGCCGGAUUCUUUGUGCUCAAGAAUCUCAAUUCUUCCAAUGACGUCGAUCUCAAUCUUCGUCCCGAUUCUCCUAAACCUACCGAUUCUACUCCGUCUUCCUGCAAGGCUAAGGUAAUGUCGGCAAUUGGUUCGGGUUUCUGGACGAUUGUGGAUAUGGCGAGCGGUCGCUAUCUCUGGAACUAUUUCUCUGCUGCUACAGCUAAGAGCUCGCCUUAAUUCUUUUUCGAGGCAGUAUAGUAUGUAUUGUUGUUGUAGUUGUUGUUGUUGGUGGUGAUGAUGUUUCUGGUAAUUUGAAGAAGAUGCAUUGUUGGUAACUGUAACUAAGGCCAAGGAUGAUUAUGAUGAUUGUUGGCUAAUAACUCAAUUGAUGUAUUGCUGUAAUUUUCUACAACUUCGUAUGUAUAUACACUAAUACACAUGUUUGUUACUGAUAUAAAAUCGUUCAAUUUUCUACUUA